AUGGAGCACUGGGACUCGCUGGGACUUAUGAUUGUCACACUCAACUAUAAUGUGACUAUUGUAGGGAAGGUCUGGCUAAUGUUAAUGCUCCUGCUGCGAGUGGCAGUGGUAGUGCUAGCAGGCUAUCCACUCUACCAAGAUGAGCAGGAGCGCUUUGUCUGCAACACCCUGCAACCAGGCUGCUCCAACGUUUGCUAUGACUUGUUCUCUCCUGUAUCUCACUUUAGAUUCUGGCUCAUUCAGACUGUGUCUAUCCUGCUACCUUAUGCUGCAUUCAGCAUUUAUGUUUUGCACAAGGUAGCUAUGCACAUUGUAAGAAUGCACUGUUCAGUGCAUGGAUGCAAAGAGAAUGAGGGUUUGUCAAGCCCAGAAGACCUGAAAGAGCUCUGUAGAAGUGCUGUGGUCAAUAGAUUAGAUUGUGGUGCACACAACCUAAGUGUACUGAAUUUUUCUGGAGCAUAUACCCUUCACCUCUUUUUUAGGACACUGCUUGAAGCUGCCUUUGCAGCUGUGCAAUAUUUCCUUUUUGGAUUUCUUGUUCCCGAGCGCUUUUCCUGCUAUCAUUCCCCUUGCACCAGCACAGUUGACUGUUACAUUUCUCGGCCCACUGAGAAAUCCAUCAUGAUGAUUUUUAUCUGGGGGGUCAGCAGUCUAUCCUUUCUGCUUAGCCUGGUUGAUCUUGUCUGUGCUCUCCGGAGAACGACAGCAAGAAACCAAAAGAACAAGCUGCUGGCAAACCUCCAGGUAGAGGAUGAGUGCAUUUUAAAUAUUCCUCCAGUGCAGCAUGGUAGCUCUUCACCUCAAAAUCAAGACUGUCCAGUACCAAACAGCAGCCAGACCAGUGAUGGCUCCUGCUCACUUCUCUCUGGAGAGGAAGAAGAGGCUGUCCUUCAUCCUGAAGUGGUGUCUCAGCAAACUGCCAGAACUAACCUUAACAGCAACAGCACUAAGCUCUGUAUAUCAGGGGAACAUGUUGUUAAGCAGGAUAGCACUGAGGAACCCUUGUGUGCUGGUGGCCACCAGGUGACUACAUGCAGGCAAGUGAGACCCAGAUUUCAGCAAGACUCCAUUAAAGAUACUGCCCUGACUUUGAGACCUCAGAUCAAGUCUCACCUUGGAGUUUCUUCCUCUCUAGUUCAGAGCAAGCUCUUAGGCUAUUAUCCUUCAGCUGAACUGAAAAACCCUGAUGCACAAUCAAACUAUAGCAGUACUAGUUGCUUGAGGUCAAAAAAGUCAGAAUGGGUAUAG